AUGGGUGUUCCCGAUGAGCUGCCGCCAGGCUCAUCAGAGACGGACACGAUCGUGUCUUCGUCGCAGCCCACCAAUCGUUCUCCCAUGGACCUGAUCAGUGAAGCUGAGAGCUUGAACCUGCGCAGAAUAGCAACGAACCAAUCAAAAGCCCAGUGCCGACCAGGCUCAGCAGCCGUUCCCUCGCAUGACAAUCCACCCAACGAUGACCUAGAAGACGCAACCCUUGACCCCAACUCCGCCUCAUUCUCUCUCGAGAAGUGGCUACGGGCUGCGGUCUCCGACGCUUCACAGCACGGUCUAUCUACCCCGUCUGGAGGAAUCCUCUUCAGAAAUCUGACCGUCUCGGGCUCAGGCUCGGCGCUGCAGCUCCAACCAACCGUGGGUUCCGUCUUGACUGCGCCAUUGCGAUUCGCGAGUUUGCUGCGACACAGGCGAAUCGAGCCUAGACGCAUCCUGCAUGGAUUUGACGGCGUGAUGAAGACUGGGGAGCUGCUCCUUGUUCUCGGCAGGCCAGGGGCCGGGUGUAGUACAUUCCUGAAAACGGUUUGUGGCGAGACCAAUGGGCUGCAUAUUGACGCGGACAGCGUCCUGCAUUAUAAUGGGGUAUCACAGCAGCGUAUGAUGAAGGAGUUCAAGGGCGAGGUUGUCUAUAACCAAGAGGUCGACAAGCACUUUCCCCAUCUAACAGUCCGCCAAACGCUAGAAUUUGCUGCCGCAGCACGCACGCCUGCGCACCGUUUCCAGAACAUGUCCCGCGACGAGUUCGCUUCAUACGCAGCCUCAGUUGUCAUGGCCAUAUUCGGGCUCUCCCACACACACAACACAAAAGUCGGCAAUGAUUUCGUGCGCGGUGUGUCAGGCGGCGAGCGGAAGCGCGUCUCCAUUGCUGAGAUGGCGCUAGCGAUGACACCAUUCGCAGCAUGGGAUAACUCGAGCAGAGGCCUUGACUCGGCUACGGCACUGAAGUUUGUCCAAGCUCUAAGGCUGAGUGCAGACCUUGCGGGUGCUGCGCAUGCCGUCGCUAUCUACCAAGCCAGUCAGAGUAUCUAUGAGGUUUUCGACAAGGUCACUGUGCUUUACGAGGGGAGGAUGAUAUUUUUCGGGCCCACAGGCACUGCUAAAGAAUACUUCGAGCGGAUGGGCUGGGUUUGCCCUGCCAGACAGACAACAGGCGAUUUCUUGACCUCUAUCACCAAUCCGCUGGAGAGGAAGGCGAGAGCAGGAAUGGAAGACGUCGUGCCCAAGACACCAAAGGAUUUCGAGAUAUACUGGCGACAGUCCCCCGAGUACAAGACUCUGCUGGGCGAAAUGACUGAGUUCGAGACCCAACACCCCACCGGCAACGACGAGCAGGCCUCAGCAGAAUUGCGAGCUCGAAAGGAGAACUCGCAGAGUAGGAACUCACGCGCAGCUUCGCCAUACAUCCUCAGCAUUCCUAUGCAGAUCAAGCUCAAUACGAAACGUGCAUAUCAGCGUAUCUGGAACGACAUGUCUUCGACCAUGAGCACAGUCGUCGGGCAGAUCGUGAUAGCCCUAAUCACCGGCUCAGUAUUCUACGACUCGCCCAACACAACGGCCGGUUUCCAGAGCAAGGGCGGGACACUCUUCUAUGCUGUGCUGCUCAAUGCAUUGACAGCCAUGUCCGAGAUCACGAGCCUCUACUCGCAACGGCCCAUCGUCGAGAAACAAGCGUCAUACGCGUUCUACCACCCGGCCACCGAGGCGAUUGCCGGCGUGGUUAGCGAUGUACCCGUCAAGUUUCUGCUCGCUGUCGCCUUCAACGUAAUCAUGUACUUCCUCGCGAACCUGCGCCGUGAACCAGCGCAGUUCUUCAUCUACUUUCUAAUGUCGUUCACGGUCAUGUUCGUCAUGAGCGCGGUCUUCCGCACUAUGGCCGCCGUUACAAAGAACGCUGCGCAAGCGAUGGGUCUCGCUGGAGUCCUCAUGCUCGCGCUCGUCGUGUACACGGGCUAUGUUCUCCCUGUCCCCUCAAUGCACCCAUGGUUCGAGUGGAUCCAUUACCUUAAUCCAAUCUACUACGCGUUCGAGGCGAUGAUCGCGAACGAGUUUCACGGAAGGGACUUUGACUGUAUUGCUUUUGUCCCGUCGUAUGCAGAUCUGGACGGGGAUAGCUUCUCUUGCUCCUCGCUCGGGUCUGUUGCCGGAGAGAGGAUGGUUAGUGGAGAUAGCUAUAUCAAUUUCAACUAUACCUACACCUACAGCCAUGUCUGGAGAAACUUCGGCGUUCUUCUUGCUUUCCUUAUUGGGUUCAUGGCCAUCUACUUCCUCGCGUCGGAGCUGAACUCGUCAACAACGAGCACUGCCGAAGCUCUGGUUUUCAGACGGGGCCAUGUACCGGAGUACAUGCGUCCAGGAUACACCAGACCUACUGACGAAGAGAAAGCCGUCACACAGAGCGACAUCAAACCGUCCAGCCCAUCGCCGACGAACACCGAUCUCCCUCUUCCCCCACAACGCGACAUCUUCACCUGGAAAGACAUUUCCUACGACAUCGAGAUUAAGGGUGAGCCACGCCGUCUGCUGGACGACGUCUCAGGUUGGGUCAAACCCGGCACGCUGACCGCGCUGAUGGGUGUCAGUGGCGCCGGCAAGACAACCCUGCUCGAUGUUCUAGCGCACCGAACAACGAUGGGCGUUAUCACGGGCGACAUGUUUGUCAACGGCAAGGGCCUUGAUGCAAGUUUCCAGCGUAAGACUGGCUACGUCCAGCAGCAGGAUCUGCAUCUGGAGACCGCGACUGUGCGCGAGAGUCUACGGUUUAGUGCAUUGCUACGACAACCAGCGUCUGUUUCCAUCAGGGAGAAACACGACUAUGUCGAAAGUGUCAUUGAGAUGCUUGGGAUGGGUGACUUUGCAGAGGCUGUUGUGGGCACGCCCGGGGAGGGACUGAAUGUCGAACAGAGGAAACUGUUGACCAUUGGCGUUGAGUUGGCCGCAAAGCCAAAGUUGUUACUCUUCCUUGAUGAACCCACAAGCGGCCUCGACUCCCAAUCCUCCUGGGCUAUCUGCACCUUCCUCCGUAAGCUAGCAGACAGCGGACAAGCGGUCCUCUGCACGAUCCAUCAACCCAGCGCGAUCCUCUUCCAAGAGUUCGAUCAGCUGCUCUUUCUCGCCAAGGGCGGGAAAACAGUCUACUUUGGGCCCAUAGGGCCCAACUCGCGUACUCUUCUCGACUAUUUCGAGUCCAACGGGGCGCGCAAAUGCGACGAGGCGGAGAAUCCUGCCGAGUAUAUGAUCGAGGUCGUGAACGCCGAGGUGAAUGACCGUGGUACUGACUGGUUUGAUGUGUGGAAGGGCAGCAAAGAGUGUCAGGCUGUGAAGGAGGAGAUCGAGCGGAUCCACGAGAAGAAGAGAGGGACUGCAGGCGCCAUUGAAGAAACUGACGAUGGUAGCACUAAAUCAGAAUUCGCGAUGCCAUUCUGGUUCCAGCUGUAUGUCGUCACGGUUCGCGUCUUCCAGCAGUACUGGCGCAUGCCCGAGUAUAUCAUCUCCAAAGGGGCGUUGGCGAUCGUGGCAGGCCUGUUCAUCGGCUUCUCGUUCUACGAUGCAAAGACAUCUCUCGCUGGAUUGCAAACACUUGUAUUCUCGCUUUUCAUGGUCUGCGCACUUUUUGCGCCGCUUGUGAAUCAGAUAAUGCCCCUCUUUAUCACCCAACGCUCCCUCUACGAAGUCCGCGAGCGACCCAGCAAAGCCUAUUCCUGGAAAGCCUUCCUGAUUGCCAACAUCCUCGUUGAGAUCCCCUACCAGGUCUUGAUGGGUAUUCUAACCUUCGUCUGCUACUACUACCCCGUUGUCGGUUCCAGCCAAGGACCAGACCGAGAGGGCCUCGUCCUCCUCUUCUGCAUCCAAUUUUACGUUUAUGCCAGCACUUUCGCACACAUGUGCAUUGCAGCGAUGCCGAACGCCGAAACAGCUAGUCCCAUCGUCAUCCUCCUCUUCAGUAUGUGUCUUACCUUCUGCGGUGUUAUGCAGCCGCCCGACGCACUUCCAGGCUUCUGGAUUUUCAUGUACCGCGUCUCGCCGUUUACCUACUGGGUAGCCGGGAUGGCAACCACCCAAGUUCACGGGCGAGAAGUUGUCUGCGGCGAGAAUGAGCUCUCAAUCUUCGAUCCCCCGACGAAUCAGACUUGCGGCCAAUAUAUGGAGAGGUACAUCAGUGUCGCUGGUGGCCAGGUACUGAACCCGUCUGCGACGGCGGGUUGCGAGUAUUGUUCUCUGACUGUGGCGGAUGAGUAUUUGGCAGCGAGCCAGAUAUACUGGAGCGAUCGUUGGAGGAACUUUGGGUUGAUCUGGGUGUAUAUUGGGUUUAAUAUCUUUGUUGCGACGGCAGUAUAUUACCUGUUCCGCGUGAAGAAAUGGAAUGGACGGAGGAAGAAGUGA